CAAAUAUCACUCUCAAAAAUAUAAACAUGGUACUCUUACAUUCUUCUAAGAAGUUCAGAGGUGUCAGGCAACGCCAUUGGGGUUCUUGGGUUGCUGAGAUUCGUCAUCCUUUAUUGAAAAGAAGAAUAUGGUUAGGGACCUUCAAAACAGCAGAGGAAGCGGCCAAAACCUACGAUGAAGCAGCCAUCCUUAUGAGUGGCCGGAAAGCAAAGACAAAUUUUCCGGCGACGGAAAACUUGUCAAGCAAUGAGACAACAAGAUCAACAAAAGAAUCAUCACCAGCAUCAAACUCAGUAGUCUCUACUCUUCUAAACUCGAAGCUUAGAAAAUCGUAUAAGAAACUAUCUCCUUCUCUUACUUGUCUAAGGCUUGACACUGAGAACUCCAACAUUGGAGUAUGGCAAAAGAGAUCUGUUGGAGGACAAUCUAACUCUAGUUGGGUUAUGACUGUAAAGUUUGAUACAAAGAACAAUAUUGAAGCUCAAGAAAUUAAGGGUGGAAUUAGUGAAGAGGAGAAAAUUGCGUUACAAAUGAUUGAGGAGCUUCUAAACAACUAUUGAUUAUCUUUAAUUUGUUAUGCAUUACUAUAAUAUAGUUUGAUAAAUAUGUAAUCCUCAUCAAAGAAAUUAUGUGAGUGAUUUAAUAUUGAUAUAUAUCAAAGAAAUCCUUAUAAGAAA